AUGACAGUGGAAGCUGAAUUAGGCAGAUUAUCUGAAACUGAAGAUGAUUUGACUGUAGAAGACUAUGAUGCAAAGUUGACCGACGUAAAUCAGGCUCAAGAGUUCAUUGACAAGACUGGUAUUGAUGCUCUAGUAGUGUGUAUUGGUAAUGACAGUCGAAGUUGAAUUAGGCAGAUUAUCUGGAAGUGAAGAUGAUUUGACUGUAGAAGACUAUCAUGCAAAGUUGACCGAUGUAAAUCAGGCUCAAGAGUUCAUUGAUGAGACUGGUAUUGAUGCUCUAGCAGUGUGUAUUGGUAAUGUUCAUGGGAAGUACCCUGCAAGUGGGCCAAAGCUUCGGCUUCAGUUGCUUAAGGAGUUAUAUGACUUAGCUUCAAAGAAUGGAGUGUUUCUUGUUCUUCAUGGAGCCUCUGGAUUGCCUAAAGAACUUGUCCAGGAAUGCAUAGAGCUGGGAGUUAGGAAGUUCAAUGUGAACACUGAAGUGAGGAAAGCUUACAUGGACAUUUUGAAAAGCCCUGAGGCUCAUACAGACCUUGUCCAUGUCAUGGCUGCUGCUAAAGAAGCCAUGAAAGUCAUGGUUGCAGAGAAGAUGCAAUUGUUUGGUUCAGUAGGAAAAGCCAACUAA